UUGUGGGAACGGGUCGUGUUGAUUUCAGAAGUCAUCAUGGCGCUCGCUACCCCAAUCAAAGAGCACCCAUACAGCCAUCUAAUAGACACGCUGGAAGAUGGCAGGAUCAAGUUCUAUAAUCCACAGAAAUUAAAUGAUCCAAGAUAUGACAAACUACCUCUAUCCAUCCGUGUCCUGCUGGAGGCAGCAAUUCGCAACUGUGAUGGCUUUUACACAAAAGAAGAAGACGUGCAGAAUAUUUUGGACUGGCAGCAGCAACAGAAUAAAGCCGAGGUGCCGUUCUCUCCGGCACGAGUCCUCCUUCAGGACUUCACCGGUAUUCCUGCCAUGGUGGAUCUGGCAGCCAUGAGAGAUGCUGUGGCCAAACAUGGUUUGGAUCCUGGUCUGGUCAACCCUAAAUGUCCCACAGACCUGAUCGUAGAUCACUCACUACAGGUUGAUUUUAGCAAAUGUGCCAUACAAAAUGCUCCUAACCCCGGAGGAGGGGAGGGUUCAAACCACAGCCAGGCUCCAUCUAGGUCGAUACCUAGCAGGCCUCCCUCUAGAGGGGGCUCACAGUGUGGAGGUCAGCGGGGCUCCUGCAGUAAAGCUGCCUGCAGUGACCCCCCAGCUUCACCGGGUCGACCUCCAGCUUCCAUCCAGCAGAUUGAGAACACGCCUCUGCUUUGCCCCUUCCACCUGAAGCCUGUAUCUGAAACUGAGACAGCCGUGAAGAACCAGGAAAUGGAACUGAUUAGAAACAAAGAAAGGCUUCAGUUCCUUAAGUGGUGUUCGAAAACUUUUAAGAAUGUGAACGUGGUUCCUCCGGACGUUGGUGCUGUCCACCAGGUGAAUUUGGAGUAUCUGUCCAGGGUGGUGCAGGUCAGCGAUGGCUUGAUCUACCCCGAUAGCGUUGUGGGAACUGACUCUCACACCACCAUGAUCAACGGCCUGGGCAUCCUCGGCUGGGGUGUUGGUGGAAUUGAGUCUGAGGCUGUGAUGCUGGGCCAGCCAGUCGCUCUGACCCUUCCUCAGGUGGUGGGCUGUAAGCUAGUGGGCUGCAUUAACCCCCUAAGUACAUCUAUAGAUGUAGUCCUUGGCAUCACAAAGCAUUUGCGGCAAGCUGGAAUCGCUGGGAGGUUUGUUGAGUUUUUUGGACCCGGUGUUUCCCAGCUAUCAGCUCCUGAUAGAACCACCAUUGCCAACAUGUGCCCAGAAUACAACGCCACUGUCAGCUUCUUCCCCGUUGACCAGGUUACGCUCAAGCACUUUAAAAAGACUCAUUUUACCCAGGAGAAACUUGAAUUGUUGGAGUCUUACAUGAAGGCUGUCAGACUUUUCCGAAGUUAUGAAGAUUCAUCGGAGGACCUCCAGUACUCCGAGGUGAUUGAAAUCAACCUGAGCUCCAUGGUGCCCUAUGUGAGUGGACCGAAAAGGCCUCAGGACAGAGUGGCAGUCAGCAGCAUGAAAGAAGACUUCCAGAGGUGUCUGGAUGAGAAGGUGAGUUUUAAAGGCUUCCACAUCUCUAAGGAGAAGCAGGGGACUCGGAUUCCUUUCCUGCAUUGCGGUCAGGAGUACCAGCUGGCGCACGGCUCAGUGGUCAUCGCUGCUGUUAUCAGCUGCACCAACAACUGCAACCCAUCCGUCAUGCUGACUGCAGGCCUUCUGGCCAAAAAGGCCGUGGAGCUGGGGCUUUUCGUCAAGCCUUACAUUCGGACCAGCCUGGCUCCUGGAAGUGGCAUGGUCACCCACUACCUCAACACCAGUGGAGUCCUGCCUUACUUCAACCAGCUGGGGUUUGAGGUAAUCGGUUAUGGCUGUGCCACCUGUGUCGGAAACACGGCACCGCUACCGGAAGCCGUUGUGGGUGCAGUCAAACAGGGGGAUCUCGUGGCCUGUGGAGUGUUAUCUGGCAACAGGCACUUUGAAGGCUGUCUGUGUGACUGCGUGCGUGCCAACUACCUGGCCUCCCCUCCACUGGUGGUGGCGUACGCUAUCGCGGGCACUGUGGGAAUCGACUUUGAGAAAGAGCCUUUAGGUUUGACCUCAGAUGGGAAGGAGGUGUAUCUCCGUGAUAUUUGGCCGUCCAGAGAGGAAGUCCAACAGACUGAAGAAGACACGGUCAUCUCCUCCAUCUUUAGGGAUCUCAGGGGAAGGAUGGAGAAAGGGAACACAUUUUGGAACAAUAUCGAAUGUCCAGACGCUGUCGUUUUCCCAUGGGAUCACAAGUCCACGUAUAUCCGUUCACCCCCGUUCUUUAGCAAACUGAGUAAAGACGUGCCUCCUCCUCAAUCGAUAGAAAACGCUCAUGCCUUACUCUUCCUCGGAGACAAAGUGACCACGGACCACAUCUCGCCAGCAGGAAGCAUUGCCCGGGUCAGCGCUGCCGCUAAGUAUCUGCAGAGUAAACGACUGACGCCACGGGAGUUUAACUCGUACGGCGCUCGUAGAGGGAAUGACGCGGUGAUGACCAGAGGCACGUUUGCCAGCAUCAAGCUCCAAAACCGGUUCAUCGGCAAACCAGGCCCAAAGACUUUGCACAUUCCUUCAGGCCAGACACUGGACGUCUUUGAGGCAGCCGAUCGCUAUCAGAGAGACGGAACUCCCCUCAUCAUCCUGGCAGGGAAAGACUACGGCUCUGGGAACUCAAGGGACUGGGUCGCCAAAGGACCAUACCUGCUGGGAGUUCGCGCUGUCAUCGCUGAGAGCUUCGAGAAGCUACACAAGAGCCAGCUGGUGGGAAUGGGUAUCAUGCCGCUCCAGUUUCUGUCUGGCCAAAACGCAGACUCCCUGGGGCUGAAUGGGAAGGAGAGGUUCAGCAUCAACCUGCCAGACAGCCUGAGUCCCAGGCAGCAGCUGACUGUCAAGACCAGCAAAGAAACGUCCUUCGUCGUCACCGCACUGUUAGACACUGAGAUGGACGUUAUCCUUUUCCAACAGGGAGGGCUUCUUAGAUACGUCGGUCGGACUUUGCUCAAAACCAGCCUGCAGCCUGGACUGAACCUGGCUGAAUAAUCUCCAUGUCCAGAAACAGCAGCCACCUCCAUAUAAAGUCCUCAACACAAAGAAGGAGAACAAAAAAGGCUCAUGGAAACGACUCAGAGGCUGGUGUUUGGUCUGUUUUGCGUCCACAGACUUUUCAAGCAUCUGUUUUGAGACUUGUAAACAAGCUGCGUCUUAGUUACUACAUCAUCAGCAGCGUUUCACCUCAGUUAAACGACGGCAUUCGCUCAGCAUGAAGACUGUGUCCCAAACAACCUCUGGAUGUUGAUCUGGAGUGUGUGUUUGUAUGUCAUUGUUAAACUGAAAGGAUUUUUUUUUUUGUCUUUCAUCGUGGAGUCACGCCCUCUGCUGUCAUUUAAAAACAAAUAGUCCUGCUCAGAAAGGCAGAGGUGGUGCUAGGUACGAUGGCAUGAAUUCAUCAUUUGCAAGGUGUAGUAAAACCAGCUGACCCCCAUCCUCAAGUCAGAUCUACUUGAAGAAAUCUGCAGAAUUGAAAUGUUUCCAGUAUUUUUUUUUUUUUUUUUUGCUUUUUCGGGGCAAAUUAAGUUAAUAUUUCUUCAAUCAGACGUUUCACAGAAAGUAUAAACGCCUCCUGAUACAAUCACUUCUCACUGUGGAAGAAUGUGAUAUUCAUCUUUUUUUAUGUAACCGGUAUUUAUAAGCUUCCCUUCUAAACACGACUCCUACUCCGGCUCACAUUAUAGGUCGGUUACAGCAGCUCUCCAGUGAUACCAGGCUGCUUCUCCACUCCCGGUGCUAAGCUGAACGGCUGCUGACAGAAGUUUCUGUUUGCUGUGCACAUUCAGUUGUAUUUCCCAAAGUGUCACAGUGUACAUUUAACAAUCUUGCUUCAACGGCAUUGACUGAUUUGGCAUGAAGUGAUAAAAAUGUCAUUGUAGAGCUUUUCUUUUUAAAUGAAUGACUGAUUAUCAGUGCUUUAUCAUCACCACCUCUGGCCUGUAAUCCAUCACAGGUAACAUGUGACAUCAGUCUUUAUUUCUGUUGGCUCUGUUUAUUUUUAUCUUGCUAAAUAACAGGACGUCCUCUGCACCAGUGUGUUAUUUGUUGAAACCAUUUACAGCCUGAAGCAGUUUGUUAUGUUUUGUCCAACUGCCAAAAUGAAGUGAAGCGAGUGGCUUUUACUUCCUUUGUUUUCUUUUUGGUGCCUCAUGGUGAAAAAUCUCCUGGUUUCAGCUCAGCUUCAUAUCACAGGAUGUGUAAAGUAUGUACUCUUUGACAACGUCCAGCCAGCCUGCCUUUACAGUUUGCCUUCUUAGGUUGAGCAGGUUGUUUUAGUUCGUCAGUGAUGGCAGGGUGAAAUGUGGGCUGAAGUAAGUGACUGCUCCACAGCUGCUGCUUCCACUGUCCCACACCGGGGAUGGAAGGCUUGCAAACCCAGUGAGCCACAUGAGAGGAGUUUGUAUCACUGAAUUAUGUACAUAGUUUUUAAUAAAUUGCAAAGCAAAGCUGUA